AAACACAAGAACGCUUUCGUUUCGCACGCCAGCUGUCCACAACCUGCUCUGUAUAUCAUAGCCCGAAGAAACGAUACAGAUGGAAACGGUUCCUAAAGUCAUCGAUAAAGAAAGAGGAAACAAAAAAUGGACAAGGGCCAAUGCUCCUAAAGUCAGGACUGCCCGCCAUCUCAAAUGCGAUGAGGGAAAGCCUGGAUGUCGGCGAUGUUUCAAAGAUUCUUUCCAAUGUGGAGGAUACGAACAACCUAGACCGUGCACUCAAAUGCGCACAAAGAGAAGGCCUAAAAAGCCUGAUCCAGUCUACCUCGCAUCGCAGGGAAGACUUCAUGAGCGGAAGAUCUCUCCAAUGCCAGCCUUGACAACAAUUCAAUUUGCUGACGAAUCAAUCGCGGCCCUCUUUCAUCAUGCCAGACAACAUACACUCGAGGAUUUCCUCCAGACAUCCGAUUCAAUCGACUUUUGGUUCCAAUUUAUCUUGCCGGCUUCGUAUUCUGUUCAUGCCAUCAGACAUGCCCUCUGCGCCCUAGGUGGAGCACAUCGAUUUUUUCUGGGAAGCCGCGUUGGAGUAUCACACUCCUCAUCUAUUGUGCAUAUCGAGGAAGAAGCCAUCCAAAAUUACAACUGCGCCAUUGCUUACAUACGGCCGCUUAUGACAAAAAGCUCGGAAAACACUCUACAGAUUGUCCUUGCUUGCUGCAUUAUCUUCAUUUGCAUUGAGAACCUUCUUGGUCGUCCAGCCGAAUCAAUCCGUCACUUGAAUGCGGGACGCCGUCUCCUUACAUCUUUAUAUCAUCGACAACACAACACUGCACCCGAACAGCCCUGGACCAAAAGGACUCUGCAACAAAGCGACAGUAUUAUAAGGAGUAUAUCGGACAUCUUACUCUCACUACGACAAUCUGCGGCUGUGUACAAUGCCGCCACCGUUUUCCCGUACUGGAACCAUCAUCAAGCUGUUGACCUUGGAGAUCUGACUGUGCCUUUUGACAGCUUGUCGAAAGCGAUUAAACUCUCAAACGAUAUUGGAUAUGCAUGCACUGGAUUUCCCAACUCAUUCAACAGGAAAAUAUUCCACAAUACCGAGCCAUUUGAUGGUGGAGAUAUCCUGCCUUCCUCCAUGGGUUUUAACUUGAACAAUGCAGGCGCGGCGUUUCCCGCGGCUCAGUCAGCGUAUAAAACAUGGAACUCCAAGUUUGAGCCUUUGAGGAAAAGAAAACUUAAGGAACAGCUUUCAGUCUCUGCUCGCUAUCAACUGGCAAAGCUCUCUCUAACCCAGGCCGUCUGGGCUGCUCUCAUCAAGAUAGACACUUUUGAAGAUGACUUUGAAAAGAAAGACUGUGAGUUUAUCCUGGAACGAGCUGAGGAAUUGAUAAAGCUGGAUAUAGCCCGGAAGAUACCUAUCUUUGUCCUGGAUUGCGAUUUAGUAUCUGCCUUGGCGGCCGUCCUAAAGUCUUGUAACGACGCUGCCAUUCAACGCAAGACGAUAUCUAUGCUUCGAUCUUUGCACCGGAAAGAUGGUCUCUGGGAUAGUCAAGAGCUUGCAGACAUUUUCGAGGCUAGUAUUGAUGCUAGAAACAGUGGUGCAAUCAGCUGGGACACGCAACCACUAGCUAUUCCAGAACUAAGGAGGAGGCUGCAUUGCUUGCGCUUUUUAUCAAGGUGAGCCAGCCACUACUUGAUGACAGGGAUAUUUCGAAAUAUAGGGGGUUAGCCGAGUCCUCAAUAGUCAUUAGUGAAAUUGAU